AUGACUAGUUCGACCACAAUUAAGCUUGUGGAGCCUCGCAUCCCCAAAGAAACGCUUCCUGCUGUUCUCACGAUCGCAGGUUCUGACAGUUCUGGAGGAGCCGGAAUUGAAGCAGACGUCAAAACCAUUUCGGCCCACAAAGUGUAUGCCUUGACUUGUAUCACGGCAUUGACCGCCCAGAACACCUUGGGUGUGACUGGCGUGGUCGAGACACCCAAGGAACAUAUUGAGAAGAUCUUGAAACAGGACCUUGACGAUUUUGUAGAAGGCUACGGCUCGGAUUUUCCAUUGAAGGUGGUCAAGACGGGAAUGCUCUCUCAGGGCGCUGCGGAGGUUUUGGCUGAAAAGGUAGGGUACUUGCAGGAGAAGAAGGUGAAGUUGGUUUUGGACCCUGUGAUGGUUGCAACGUCAGGAACGCAUCUUACGGACAACAAAGUCAUUGACCUUUGCAUCCAGAAGAUUCUUCCGACAGCGUUUUUGUGUACCCCUAAUUUUGUGGAGGCCGAGUACUUGUGGAAGGCCGCGGGUGGUUCUCCUCCAGCGGUGACCACCAUCGAUGAGUUCAAGGAAUUUGUAGUUCUGCUCCAGAAGAAACUUGGAUGCGAAAACCUCUUGGUAAAGGGCGGCCACAUCCCAUGGACCAAUGGCAAGAGACACGAAGGUCCGCUUCCUGGCUCGCCAGACUUAGACUUGCAAAUUGUAGAUGUAUUGUAUCAAAGCAAGGAAGAUAGACUCACCACGUUUUCUUCCUCUUUCAUCACCAGCAAUAACUCGCACGGAACAGGUUGUACACUUGCCAGUGCUAUUGCUGCCAACACCGCCAACGGCAUCCCGCUCGAGCGCGCUGUUGCGCUUUCCAUCCAUUACAUUCACAAGGGUAUGUCUAGUGUGAAGGGAAAACUUGGCCACGGAAAUGGCUCUUUGAAUCAUACGGUGGCUGUUGACCGUAGCAUCCGUGAAGUCAUCCAAGGCGAAGACUUGAGAGCCCGCGUUAAGGGCGAGCAUGGCUCUUUUUUCAAUUUCCUUAAAACACACGAGAUUGUGAGAGACAGCUGGAAGAAGUAUACCGAGCAUCCAUUCUUGGCUCUCCUUGCCACCAACCAGCUUCCUUUUGACGACUUCUUGUUCUAUUUGAAGCAGGACUUCUACUAUUUGGUCAAUUAUGCUCGGAUGCAUGGUGUAGCUAUUUCCGUGGCACCGAAUUGUGAACAAAUCGAGGCUCAAUCUCAAAUCGUGACCAGCAUUAUGACCGAAAUCGAAAGACACAAAACAAAGCUUCUCACCGUAUACAACAUCGACUACAACAGCGUGGAUCUUGACGAAGAGCUUCAGCCAGCGCCAGCAUGUAUGGCUUAUUGUGACUACUUGUUGAAAGCGGGCAAGAUGGAAGACUUCUUGGGAAUCAAGACUGCGCUUGCUCCUUGCUUGCAUGGGUAUGCCGAGGCCGGUGCUUAUGGCCAAAAGAUUAGAGACACAUUUGACGGGUCUUUGGGCGUUCUUGCGACGCAAGAGCAAAGCGACAUCUAUACCUCGUGGCUCGAGGACUAUUCAUCUGAAUGGUAUCUUGAGGCGCACCAGAAUGGAAUCAAUGCGUUGGACCUGCUUUUGGAGGACAAUCAAUUGAGUGAAGAGAGACUUUUGGAGCUUUGUCAAAUGUUCCGAGAUGUGACUGAUUUGGAGGUUGGAUUCUGGGACGAGGUUGUCAACAGAAUCAAGAAGUAG